GAACUUAAGCCACAGCCAUUACCCUGCAGAAAUAGUCAAAUCAGGAGAAGAGACUGUGCCCUAAAGGCAGCUGAGCAGAACUAAAUUUGAGGCAUGGAGUCGAAAUAUUUACAUCUUUCUAACAUCAUCUUAUUGAUUAUCAUCGUGCCACAGAUAUGCACAGCACAAAACGACAUCACGUUAUCCGUGUUCACCGUCACCUCUAAAAGCAUGACGGUGCGCUGGAGCGGACAUUCCGGCGCGAGCUCGUACAAAAUCACCGCCACGCCGAAAAACUCCCCAGAGCCGUCGGUGUUCGCGCAGUUCAGCGGCAGCACGGUGAUGGGCUCCGUCAACUCUUUGUCCCCGAACACUGUGUACAGGAUGCGGGUCGAAGCCAUGGACAACGCGGUGAACGUGCUCAGCAGCGCUGAAACGGAGGAGAUAACAGCUCCCGAGGUUCCCUUUAUAGAGCAGGCUUACUCCAAACACAGUGACAGCAUCACGGUGGAGUUCGGUCUAGUGAUUGGUGCCACCAGCUACAUCAUCCGGGCAGAGAACGAGGAUGGGUUCUUCUCUGAAACCCGGGUGGUAACUUCCCCCGGGACAGUGAUCAAUCUGCUGCCUUAUACCCAAUACACCCUCAGCGUGAUGUCUGUCAACACUGGGGGAAGGAGUCAGCCUUCUCUAUCCAUGAACUCUAAGACAGUGGUGGUGGCCCCAGAUCUGCAUUCCAGCUCCCCCAGCAGUGACACCAUUGUGAUAAACUGGAAUCCAGUGAACAAUGCAGUGUUAUACACCUUGGUCAUGAUCAAGGAGGGUUCCGACACGCGGGUCAGACGCAACACGUCUGAGACCAACAUGACCUUCAGUGACCUUCAGCCUGGCACCACCUACUCCAUCAAGGGCAAUGCCUGGGAUCCUGAUGGUAACCAAGGAGACGACAUCACCAUCAGCCAAAUCACACGUCCUUCUGUCCCAGGAGAUGUGGUGGUUCAGCUGACGCCAGGUCGCUCUCUCGAUCUGGCGGUGUAUUGGCAGUCAGUCCACGGGGCCGACACAUACACUGCUGUGAGCUCCACAGGCCAGAACUGCAGCUCCUCAUACCUCUACUGCAUAAUCAGUCCUCUCAACUGCAGCCAGAACCACACCAUCACCCUCGUAGCAUCCAACCAGGCCGGAAGCAGUGACCCUUCAAACCCAGAGGACCUUCUGACCUUCCCAUGUCCUCCUGACUCGGUCUGGAUUGAGGAGGUGACCACAGGGAACUGCUCCGUCAUGUGGUCUGAGGUUCCGUGGGUGAAUUACUACAUCGCCUACGUGAAGAGCGAUGAUGGCUUAGAGGAAAACUGCAACACCACCGGCAGGGCCUGCUACUUCCAGUGCAAGUGCGGAUACACGUACCUCUCGACCGUAUUCGCUUACAACCAGGCCGGCUCCAGUCCACCAGGACAAAUAGUCAACUAUACUACAAUCCCGUGCUGUCCAGAGGAUGUGUCCGUGUCACUGAUCUCCACAGAAACUUUAGAGAUCUCAUGGUCAGCCGUUCGAGGAGCUGAGUUAUACGAGACGAUCGCUGCAGACGGAAGCGAAAGGAUCCACUGCAACGACACGGCUCCUGUGUGCGCGCUCUCUGAUCUCACCUGCGACAGUCUGUACAGCGUGGUGGUGCGGCCCUGCAGUGAGAUACAAGGAUGCAACAACACCUGUAGUGCACAUACACGCCGGACAGCUCCCUGUGCCCCUGUGAUCCUCAAUGUGACUCAGGUGAACUCUUCCACUGUGGAGGUGUUCUGGACAGCUACAAACACUCAGGCCAACUACAGCGUGAUCGCCACGGGUCACACCGACUCACUCACUUACUCGUCCAGCGGCACUUCCUGUUACAUCAGCGUGUCCUGUGGAUCCAUAUAUGAGGUCAGCGCCUACGCCACCACUGCAGCAGGACAGAGUCUUCCCAGCUACUCCAUUCCCCUGGAAACAGGACCCUGUUGUCCAGAAACUCUGACUGUUGAACAGGUGACCCAGUCCAUGACGAACGUCACUUGGUCGCCUGCCACAGGGGCGCAGUCCUAUGUCACGUCUUUGACGUCCCCCAGAGGUCAUGCCAAAUGUCACAGCAUGGACACCCACUGCCUGUUGGGAUGCAUCACAUGUGGCACAAGCUACAAUGUGUCGCUGGAGGCCUUCAGCAUGACUGGACAUAAAACAGAGUGCAGAUACCAUGGUUUCUCCUCAAGUGCGUGUUGUCCAUCCAGCGUGAAACUCUACCGCAUGGCGAACAACACUCUGCGUGUGUACUGGCGCUCUUCUCCCGGCCUGUACAACUACACAGCCGACCUGUACGGCACCAGCUCGAACUACACCUGCAGCACGACACAAGGGGCUACCGCAUGUGACGUCUCCAACAUCAUGUGUGGACAAGUGUACACCGUCGUGGUCGCUCCCUUAACACAGGAGGGUUCCAAGGUCACGUUCUGCCCCAGAAAACACUACUCAGUAUCCUGCUCUGGAAACACAGUGGGAAUGGUGAUCUAUCGAGGCCGGAGGAGUGUGGACUAGAACCCCAUUAGCACAGAUGAAAGCAGAUGGAGCUCUGACGUCAUCAAC